GCCAUAAUGGGGUAGUCAAAUCGGAGAGAUGUCGAGAUGUUCAAAUGACAUUCGAGGCGGUGCAGGCGCUCGCGUUGUGCUUGGUAAACGGGAGGGCAGCUGCCUUCGGAACGCCAGUGUAAAGACGUGUCCACAAACUGUCCAAUGAACUUUAUUCAGCGGCGCAGCGUCUCCGUCAGUUCGUGCGGCACGAACCGCGAUCCGGCCGACAUGGAACUAGUUUCGGAGUCGUUCAGCUCCGAAAGCUGCGAGGCAAAGAUGAAGGAUGAGUACAAGUACACGAAUGAGGUGCACUCGGACUCCAUCCUCAAGGGUCUCAGCGCUUUCCGGGCCAGCAAGGCGUUCUGCGACGUGGUGCUGUGCGCCGAAGGCGCGGAAUACCCGUGCCACAAAGUGGUGCUCGCGUCCUUCAGCCCUUACUUCCGGGCCAUGUUUUCCAGCCAGAUGGCCGAGCAGACGCAGAACCGCGUCGUCCUCAACGGCGUCGAAGCCGAGACGCUACGGGACUUGAUCGACUACGCGUACACGUCGGCCGUCACGAUUACCCGGGCCAACGUCCAGUCGCUCCUGUCGGCCGCCAACCUUCUGGACGUGGCUCCCGUCAAAGACGUCUGUUGCGCCUUUCUCGAGCAGCAUAUCGACGAGACCAACUGUCUCGGAAUCCACACUUUCGCCGAAAUGCACGCCUGCACGGAUCUCCAGGCCAAGGCGAAGGAUUACGCGUGCCGAUCCUUCGAAAUGGUCAUGCGCCACGAGGAGUUCCUGGAGAUAUCGGCCAACAAGCUGGUCGAGUUCAUCUCCUCGGACAACCUGAAGAUCGACAAAGAGGAGCGCCUCUUCGAAGGCGCCCUCUCCUGGCUCAAGCACAGCCCCGAGUCCCGGAUGGAAGGCUUCGAAAAGAUCUUCGAACACAUACGCUUGCCCCUCAUGAGCACUUACUACCUGGUAGACGUGGUGGCAACCACCCCGGCCGUGUCCCAAAACCAGAGGUGCUGCCAGUUGCUCGAGAGGGCAAAAGCGUACCACCUGUUGCCAGACAGGCGGAAAGAGAGCCACCAACCGUGGACUACCGUCCGGAAGAACUCCUCCAUGGUAGAGGUUACUGUCCUGGUCGGAGGUGAAGACGACAAAGUGGUCCUGCGAAACGUGGACUGCUACACCCACAACAGCCGGUCGUGGCUGAGCCUUGCUUCUCUCCCGUAUGCUGUGAGCAAGCAUGGUGUGACUGCAACUGGCCAGAACGUUCUCUUCAUGGCUGGUGGCGAAUACCCGGAUGGAUCUGUCAGCAAGGCGGCAUGGCGUUUUGAUCCUGCAUUGAAUGCCUGGUCCGAAGCAGCUCCGAUGAGCGUUGCAAGGUCAGAAGUGGCCCUUGCAGCGCUUGACGGGUGCGUGUACGCCAUUGGUGGCUGGGAUGGCACGUCGCGCCUUGCCUGCGUAGAGUGCUACGACCCCGCCAGCAACCGGUGGGACAUAGUACAGCCUAUGAAGGUCCCAUUGACGAGCCCCGCCGUGGCAUCACUUCAGGGAAAGCUGUUCGUCACCGGCGUGGCGGUCGCCGACAUUGGUGGCAGCUGCGCUGACAGUGUCAAGUCCUACAACCCAGUCACUGAUGAUGUCGACAGCAUUGACAGUGUUCAGUGUUACGACCCCAAGACGGACUCCUGGAAGGAGCUAACGCCGAUGCUGAUGCCACGGUCGGGUGCGGCCUCGUGCGUGUUCGACCGGAAGAUCUACGUGAUCGGUGGCUGGCACGUUUCCGAAGAGAACACGAACAAGGUUGAGUGCUUCGACCCGCGGACGAACACAUGGCGCUUCUGUAGGCCCAUGAGAGAGCGCCGAUACAAGCCCGGCGUAGCCGUCGUUGGGAACAAGAUUUUUGUGUUUGGCGGCGAAGAGAGCUGGGACCAGCAUCACGCGACAAUGGAGGUCUACGAUGCGCAAGCGGACACGUGGCUUGGCUUGUGGGAAAUGCCCCUGAAAAGGAGUUGGCUUGGGUGUGCGACGUUAAGCAUCCCAGUGCAAAUGUUCGAUGAAGAGCACGAGUGGGUAGCACCGGAGAUGUGAACGCUGCUCUUGUUAACACCCCGUGCUAGCAUUUUUGCUUUCUCUGUAGCUAUUGUACACUGCUGUUUAAUACAGCAUUUGCGUUUUCUUUUCUUUGCGUUACUGUGCCAGCAGUUGACACUCAAUGUACAGUGUGAUGCUAUGUAACAGUGCUUUCCAAUCUGUGAUAUUCGCAACCUGCCAAAGCUAUGCUGCAUGUACUGAAUUGUUUCGCAUUGUUGCAUACUGUUUUAAUUUUGAAGCACGAGCAGCAAUACAAACAUUUACUUUAAAGCUGUAUACUGUAUGCUGUAACCUUCAAUACUGUAUGCUGCAGUUAAAGAACGAGAAUACAAACCACUAGGAAGGCUUAUUUAAUCCAAAGAGCUUGUUUAGCACUCCAGAUGAUGUUCAUCAAAAGUUUGGUCACAGAGAUUAUUAAAAUGUACAGGAUGAUGCGCAAACUUCCAACAGAUGCCUACACUCAUCUGUGUAUACAAGUUCUUCAGCUAUUGCAAUAGCUAAGCAGAUUUUUAUAGGGGUACUUCACAAAAUCCAUAUUCUGUGGUCACGGGUCACAGUUUAAGCACUGUUGUAUUGCCUACAACUGUGCACUACCAGUACUUGCCAUUUUGCCAUGAGCCACUACUGCCAGCUGUGUCCAUCUAGUCACUGAUGUUUAUUUCCAAGCACCGUUUAUUGGUGCCCGUUUUUAUAAGUGAAAGUUUUGUAAGUUUUAGAUGCAUUAGGCGCUAGAUAUAUCGAGACCGUUUCAUGUUCUCAGCCAGGAUUAGAGGCAUACACGUGUUGGAGUCUUCCCAGAUAACAUGAGCUGCACAGUGCAGAGGUGUGAGAAAAUGUGGACCUACACACAUGUACCUUUACUUGCAACCAGAAGCCAUCUAGCGCACUGAUAGGGUGCAUGCAUUUAUUCCUUGAAAGUGUAGUUGGCAUUGUGAUAUGUGCAAGAAGAAACCAGGCCAUUUGUUGCUUGCUUGGCAUGAACAUUUUAUUUUUUUAGUUUUAUUACUCAGUUUUAUUUAAGUGG